UCUGACCUAGCCACGCUCCAAAACACUCCGCCAUUUGUUUCGCUUUUCAGAGUACGUUUUAGAAGGAUCUGUUCAUUUUAUGACUGAUGCGCUUGAAAAAAAUUGAGAAAAACAUUGCGUAUUUGCAAGUGAAGAUUCCCGUUUAACUUCAAAAUGAUGAGCACGAAUGGCUUCAGUACAGAGGAAGACAGCAGAGGUGGGCACGACCAGGUGUGUUGUUUGAUUGACAGUGGAGACCGAUGUUCCAGGCAGGCUGGUAAUGCAAGCUAUAGCAAGAGAAUCCAGAAAACUGUCAUCCAGCGCAAACUCAAACUGGUUCGAGAUGAUAAUGUAUCUCACAUAUACAUCUGUGAUUACCACAAAAACAUGAUACAAAGUGUUCGCAGCAAACGAAAACGCAAGGACAGCGAAGAUGAUCGGAUGUUUGACCAGGAUGAUGAUAUACCAGAGAUUGACUUUUUUCAAAUGCCUGUAAAUGCACUUCGUCGAUACAAGAGACACUUUAAAAUAUCUACCCGACCGGGACUCAACAAAGCACAGUUGGCAGACGCUGUAGGCCGACAUUUCAAGACGAUUCCUGUGAUUGAAAAGGAAGCUCUCACAUUCUUCAUCUACAUGGCCAAAAACUACAAGAGUCGCUUUGACCAGAAGUUCAUGGACGCUGUUCCCAGCUAGUGUGGUGGCGAUGGUGGUGGUGUUUUUUUUUAUUCUGUGCUUAACUAAUGUCCCAUUCACAUAUACAAUAACACCAAUGACGUGAACAUUUGUGACAUGGUGGCAAUUGGUGAAAUGGCAUAUUCUCUAUGACUGGCCCCAUAACAAAAAGCGGAUUCCCUGUAUGUAUACUGAAAUGGUAUGUGAACUACCGAGUGAUUAAUGUCGUAGCUAAAUGUUAUUAGCUCAGGACAAGGGCCUUUGACGAAGCGAUCUCAGUGCUACGAUCACUUAAGAACAUAUGGUAGAUAUACACUAAAGUUGAUGUUAGCGCUACGAUCACCGUAAGAACAUACGGUAGCUAUACACUAAAGUUGAUGUUAGUGCUAAGAUCACUAUAAGAACAUAUGGUAGCUAUACACUAAACCUGAUCUUAGCACUAUGAUCACCUUAAGAACAUACAGUAGCAAUACACUAAAGUUGAUCUUAGCACUACAAUCACCGUAAGAACAUAUAGUAGCUAUACACUAAAGUUGAUCUUAGGGCUAUCGCUUCGUAAAACGGGACCCAUGAUUGUAAGAUGUUCUUGUCUGUCUCCGACCACGUGCUACAUCGUUUGUUUUUCUAAUCAUGUUUUGAGAUCCAUCCUGAAUGAGUUUGAAACUGGAGUGGAUGUGCACAGAGUGGAAAUGAGUGGCUGUUUUGUACAUUAUUUGUUACAUGUCAAGUGCUAUUGUCAGUUUUAACAUAAAUUAUUAAAUAGCAA